AACCGUCUCCACCGCAAACAAAUGGGAAGGGUCAGAGGCCGGUGGAGAUCAUGGCUCAUUGAUCACUUUCGCGUGCAGCGUCUGCCCUGUUGACAUGUAGUAUUAUUUAAGAACAAUCUCGAUUUGACGUUGUGGAGAUGUUCUUCUGGAAGCGCGGGGGACAAAUGCAGUUUGCAGUCAUUCACAUGGAUGUGCCUUGGCCACCCGCUAUAAGGCUGUAUGCCUCAGUGACGCGCAAGCUGCAAACUGGUCAUCGCAGGCAGAUCGGAUUCUAUGCAGCCCACCUGUGAGAGAAGCUGCGUCGCUAUACGACCCACUACGGCUGGCAGCGAAACCGAAUUUAAGGGCGUGGCCAUGGAGAAUGAGUCCAUGGUGAAUGCCAGUCAGAGGAUGCUACCAUGGCACAACGGCACCUACCUGCCGUAUUACCUGCACUCCACAGGUGUGGCGGCCGGCUACAUCCUGUCCUACCUUCUGGUAUUGCUGCUGUGUGUGGGCGGGAACGGCCUGGUCUGCCUGGUGGUGCUCCGAAAUCGCAACAUGCGCACCGUCACCAACAUCUUCAUAUUCAACCUGGCCAUCAGUGAUCUGCUGGUGGGGGUCUUCUGUAUUCCCACCACCCUGAUCGACAGUCUCAUCACAGGCUGGCCCUUCAGUCAGUUCACCUGCACUAUGAGCAACCUCAUCCAAGGAAUGUCGGUCUCUGCCUCAGUCUUCACGCUGGUGGCCAUUGCCGUGGACAGGUUCAUGGGGAUAGUGUACCCCUUCCGCCACAGGAUACGACCCGUCACGGCCCUGCUGGCCAUCCUCAUUAUCUGGAUGCUUGCUUUUGCAAUCAUCUUUCCCUCGGCGGCCACCUUGACUGUCAUGCACUUGCAGGACACCUACAUGGUCCAGGACAACCAGACAUACCCGCUUUUUGUCUGCUAUGAGGACUGGCCGCGGCCGGAGCUGCGGCGAGUCUACACCACCGUCAUCUUCGCCCACGUCUACCUGGCGCCCUUGGGCUUGAUCAGCGUCAUGUACGGCUGCAUCGCCGCCAAGCUGGUGACCAAGCUCAGGCAGGUGGGCGUGGCCGAGGGCCGGCGGGCGCGCUCACGCCGCAAGGCCAAGGUGGUGAAGAUGCUGAUCCUGGUGGCGGUGCUCUUCAUGGUCUCCUGGCUGCCGCUGUGGACCCUCAUGCUGCUGGCCGACUACAGGGACCUGGACCAACAGCAGAUCGACUUCCUGAGCAGCUACCUCUUCCCGGUGGCACACUGGUUGGCGUUCUCCAACAGCGGCAUUAACCCCGUCAUUUACGGCUUUUACAAUGAGAACUUCCGGCGCGGCUUCCAGGCGGCUGUGGCUUGCAGCGGCUGCCCCGUGCCAGGGGUGGCCGGCUCGCUCAGCUGGACCUCCUGCAGCUGCUGCAACAGCACCAUCCUCCCACCUAAUAAAGUGUCCAGCAGGAACCUCACUGAGCGUGCUGACCCCCACAGGGACCAGCGUUUGACUGGUCUCCCCCAAGGCACGCCUCAGGGAAUUCAGGGCAUCCUCCUGGAGGGCAUCAACCGCAUUGCAGCCCCGAAUCACGUUAGUGGUGCCUGGGAAGAGUAAAGCAGUCUUCUGCUGGGCUAUGGUGACUGAUUGAUGACAGCUUGCGUGGGCAGAGCUGCACUUGUCUCACAAACGCCCCCUGCUGGAGCUCUCCAUUAUAUGCACAGUGACGAAUGGCACCCAGGAAUGGAGCCCUGGCCCGA